GGUGGCUCCGGAUUCAUGGGCAAGGUUCUGUUAGAAAAACUGCUCUACUCCUGUUCGGACCUUGAGCGCAUCUACGUCCUGAUGCGACCGAAGCGUGGUAAAUCGCCUCAAACGCGCAUUGACGAUUGGUUGAAAUUACCGGUUUUCAAGCGUAUCCGAGAGGAAAAGCCGGAAGUGUACAAAAAGCUCGUACCGAUACCGGGUGAUGUGACGAGCGAGAAGCUCGGUAUCAGCCCGGAACACGAGCGACUGCUGAUCGAACAGGCCGAGAUUGUAUUUCACUGUGCGGCCACACUGAAGCUCGAGGCGCGGCUGAAGGAUGCAAUCGAAAUGAACACGAUCGGGACGAAGCGUAUCCUCGAUCUUUGUCUGCAGAUGAAGCGUCUGAAGGCGUUGCUACACCUGUCCACUGCGUUCUGUUACUGCGAUAAGGAAGUACUCACCGAGAAGGUGCACGACUUCCAUCACAAUCCGUACGAUCUGAUGCGUACCGUGGAGUGGAUGGAUGAGAAGGCGCUGGACAUGAUCACACCGAACUUGCUGAAGCCUCAUCCGAACACCUACACCUACUCGAAGCGUUUGGCCGAAAUGAUGGUACGCGAUGCCUACUCUAAUUUGCGCGUCUGUAUCGUACGACCUAGCAUUGUGUGCCCAGCCAAUGCGGAACCGGUUGAGGGAUGGGUGGACAGUUUGAACGGCCCCGUCGGUAUCAUGGUUGCUGGCGGUAAGGGCAUUAUUCGUUCGAUGCUGUGCAAUGGAGAAUACAACGCGGAAGUCAUCCCGGUUGAUUUAGCCAUCAAUGGGCUUAUCACGAUCGCGUACACUCUGGGUCAAAUGGAGGAGAUGCCGAAAGAAAUACCGGUGUACAACAUCACAUGCCGCGAGACCAAACGAACCACCUGGAAGGAGGUGUUGGAUCUGGGCAAGGCGACCGCCUACGAGUAUCCGUUCGAGGCCGGUGUCUGGUACCCGGACGGUGAUAUUACGAUGAACAAAACGUACCACACCAUCUGCGUCAUGCUGUUCCACUGGCUGCCCGCUUACUUUAUCGACUUUCUAAUGUUCUGCUUUGGCCAGAAGCGAUUCAUGUGCCGCAUACAGAACAUGGUCACGGAGGGGCUUAGUUUACUGCAGUUCUUCACCACCCGGCAGUGGGACUUCAAGUCAUACCAGUAUCAAGCGAUUGCGAAACAUCUCACGCCGGAGGAUAACGUCAUCUUCACGAUGGAUGUGGACGCGAUCAACACGAAGGACUAUCUGCGGCGGAUCAUUCUCGGUGGCCGUCAGUUCUGCAUGAAGGAACCACUGUCAACGCUGCCGAAGGCACGCAUCCAGCUCAAGUUCCUGUACGUGCUGGACAAGGUAGCGAAAGCGUUCAUGCUCUACCUGAUGGCGUGGCUUUUCCUUACGCUGACCGGUUUGAAGGCACCGGUCUAUGCAAUGCUCGGAUGGGCGUAA